CUAAAAUUGAAUUUGUAUUUUCCACUUAUAGUUAGAUAACUGAGCUGUCUCAGAGCUCAAAGUUCAGUAGUUUAAAAGUAACUACAUGCAGCGCUUCGUGAUUAGACUAAAUGGCAAUGGCAAGGGCAACAUUUGGUACUUCUGGAAAAUACAAAACAAUUCAUCCAGGUCAUGCAAGACUGACAGAAUUUGUCACAGCUGCGAAAGCGGACAUUCUUAAUAAGUACACAGAGGCACAGUUAGAACACCAUACAGAAUACAUUAGGAACUUUGUCAGGACAAUAUGUUUGGGUUUCGGGGAGUACAAUAAACUAUUCAAGACCAAGGACCCAAUCCCCAGAGGUAGUUACUUUGAAAAAACAAAGAUCAUCAGUCCAACAGAGUAUGACUUUCUAAAUAUACUAUCUCAGUCUGAUGAUGCCUCAGUUCAAGUAUGCGAUGUUAGAGAUGGCUGUUUGAUGACAGGAGGAUAUGGAGUUGUUAAUAUUCACCCUGGACAAGUGCAGCAACAGUUUCUUGAAAUCCCAGUCACAAAACAUGUGGAAAAUGUAAUUCCUCAUUCCUCACAUGAUCCUCAUAGUUCUGGUGAUGUCUACUGGUUGACAACAAACAUAAGAUACAGUCUCCGAGAUGCAAUUCACACCUACCUUGAGGACAUUCAUGGUUCACAUUACAUUGGCAAGAGAGAUCAUAAGGAAGAACAGCACCCUAGCUACACACUGGGGAAAUUCUCCAUGCAUGUCGGUCUACAUGGUCCUAGUGUGUGGCUGAGGGUGGGAGGACCAUUAGGUACUACAGAUAUAGAUCUAUGCUUUUGUGCACAGAAAACCCAGGGAUCUAUAUUGGUACCUGCAUAUGUAGACCCGGAUGAUUGUGAUGAGUGUCCUGAGCAUAUCCACUGGACUGAAUCAAUAGUGCAGCCCCCAUACCCAGCCCCUGAUCACUUGUUACACAUACCUACUGGACAUCAUAAACAGCUUUUUCUUUUACUGAAAUACGUUUCACAUCUCUAUAACACGAUCUACUGGCACAUCUACCAUAAGUGCCCAGAGUAUGGUCUCAUCUCAUCCUACUCAUACAAACUGCUCAUUAUGCAGCAUCGGAAAUGUUGCACAGGAUCUGACUUUUAUGUAGGAAGAUGUUUUGAAGAUGUAGUAGAAUACAUAUUCAAUCAAUAUAGAAGAGAUAAUGAUGUUUCAGAUCAAUACAGACUAUAUAGAAAGCCAGUUUUUCUUCCAGAUACAUAUUACCCUGCUAGGAAGGUACAUGUUUUGAAUAGUUAUCGCAACUGCGAGGAACUGACUGAACUACUGUGGAUGUUGAAACAUGUCAAACACAGCAGUGACACACAAUGGUGGCAGAAACUACUGGAUGAUGACUUCCCAAACACUGCUGCCUUGCUUGAUGAAGUUGGAAAAUUGGAAUCUGCAUCAUUGUGGAAGACUCGACUUGAUGACUUUCAAAGCAAUAGCUCAAUUGGUGAUAAUUUAUACCACUCCUUGUUAGACUCAUUCAAACGUGUCAAACAUGUGUAUGAUGAAAGGCUAUCAGUAUUGUAUGAGCUACCUGAGCCCCUAGAUUGGCAGCAUGAGGAUGGCACAAGGACACAUCUCACAUUCAUAGACGAAUAAAAUAUUUAACGUUACCAGUAAUAGUCUAGAGAUAUCAGAGGCAAUGAAAGUCAGCUAAAGUUACAUUCUCCCAUUAGCAACCUUCAGCCUUACCUCUGGGGUUCAUGAUUCAAAGAAAAAAAGGUUCAAUAAUCGAAAUCUCCUGGUCUUUUCAGUAAGUUGGAUC